AUGAGAGUAGCAAGGAUAUCGACUGACCAAAGAGCUUUCUUCCAGGUGUCGGAGGGCAAGCCGCACACGAGGCACCACCACGGGGGCACCCACUGCAGCAGAUGCGGUCCAGGUUGGGGAGUGACGAGCAGAUGCUCCCGAGGGAAGGACACGGAAUGUGGGAAGUGUCCUCGAGGGACGUACAGUCCUCACCACAGCACUCAGCCCUGCUGGAUCUGCUCGAGGUGCGGUCCGGGUCUGUACGAGGCGCACCCCUGCACGCCCAGGGCGGACACGGUCUGCGACUCCUGCCACAGGCGAGUCCUGGACAACGAGGACUUCCUGAGGAAGUGCAAGACCCGCGCCAACUUCUUCCUGGCCCCCGAAGACGCCCAGAGCACCGGCGAGCAGAGCGUCCUGGUGAACGAGCCGGUCGACGGCUACGAGGGGAACGACCGCCAGGAGAUCCUGAAGGAGGACGUGGAAGCGGCACUAGGAGGCGUCAUUGACGAAGAGUCCAACAGGAUGCAGAGGCUGUGAGGUCCUGUCCUCUUGCGCCGAUCUUAAUCCUCUUCUGACACGAUCUUCGCGUCCAGAAUCGUCCCAAGGUGUCCAAGGACCUUACCUCGAUGCCGAAGACGUCCCCGAAGACCCUGCACUUCGUCGCUCCUCCUCCAGGAAAAAAACUCCCGUUUCCCCUCCAUACCCUGGAAGGUGGAUAAAAAUUAGACAAAAACUCGGUCUACCCCGAAGAACCCUCGAGUCGCAAUCCUGACCUCUUCCAUCGCUCUCGACCCGUUCCCAGGGAGUCGUUCCAAGAUCCCCUUACCUCACCUUCCGAAAUCUCGAAGAGGACCCCGAAGACCUCCCUGAAGAUUCUCAAAUCCAUGCGAGACGCUUCCCUCGACCAGGAGUCGCCUCUUUCCCAGGCUUCCCAUACAUGUAUGAAAAUUCCGUAGCCAGGGUCCUGGUCCCCAGGAGUCUCGCCGAGCCCGCCGAGUCCCCUGAAAUCUCACGGAUUGUUGUAAACUAGUCAAUCAACGGUGCGGCCCGUCGUACAAAAAUAGUCCUUUUGAACAGCGGCGUGUACACGUGGCUUUAUUGUAAUGUGCCGUUUACAGAUGGUCUCGUUAAGUCGGCCGCUCGUCGAGUUAAUGCGUAAACGCAGGGCUCGGCGUUAACCGGCGAGCGCCGACGACCGUCUCGUUGUCGAACGAGAAGAGAAAGAGGGAGAUAGAGAGAGAGAGAGAGAA